AUGCCAGGGAGACAGGCCCCCGGGGAGACCGGGGCCGGCGCCCUCGCCCUCGCCCAGACCCCCGUCUCAGCCCGCCUCCUGCAGGGCCCACCUCCAGCUCUCCUGGAGCGUCCCUGGGUCGAGCAGCAGCCCCACGGCCCCCAGGCGGCCCGGCGCCUCACCCAGCCCCCGGUCCCGCCCGCUGAGCGUGGGGAGGCCGCCGGGCCCCGCCCCUCGGUACAGCCCGGGGCGCUCUGGGCGGAGGGGCCCCCGAGGAGGAGCUCUGGUGCCGUGACGAGGCUGCUGGAAGGCGUGGAGUGCAGUGUGGGGCAGCCCCCGAGCGGGGCACGGGGAACCCCAGGCCUCCCUACCGAGCCUGCCAUCCUGCAGCCUCUCUUGGGCUACGCCGGCUCCCGGCCCCCGACCCGAUGGGGCCCUGGGGGGCUUGGCACCACCCGCUCAGGGAGCUGCGGCCCCGCCCUGUCCCUGGGGCUCCUGAACACACCGCGGUCUGGCGGCCUCAGGAGCAGGCCUGGGAGGCCACCCCAGCAGCUCGCCCGCCGGGUAGGCGGUUCGCGGGGUCAGGGCUCCCAGCUGCGCCCCGGAGCCGAUUCCCAGGGAGGCCCUCCUGAGCUGGCACUGCCGCCGAGUUGUCCCCAGGGCCGCCCUGGGCUGGGCCCUCCAAGGCCUGGGGAAGCGAGGCCGCCGACCCGCGUGUCCAUGCCUGCCCAGUCCUCCAGGAUCGACGACCAGCGCUGCCCGCCGCCGGACGUGCUGCCCCGCGGCCCCACCAUGCCCGACGAGGACUUCUUCAGCCUCAUCCAGAGGGUCCAGGCCAAGCGGAUGGACGAGCAGCGGGUGGACCUCGCUGGGAGCCCGGAGCAGGAGGUGGGCGGACCCCCCGAGCCCCGGCAGCAGUGCCAGCCCGGCGCCAGCUAA